CCAUGUCGUCAGAUGCUGAGAUGUCCGUUUUUGGGGCAGCAGCUCCUUUCCUCCGAAAGUCGGAGAAGGAGAGAAUUGAGGACCAGAAUAAGCCUUUUGAUGCUAAGACAUCGGUCUUUGUGGUGCAUCCCAAGGAAUCCUAUGUGAAAAGCACGAUCCAGAGCAGGGAAGGAGGGAAGGUCACAGUCAAGUCUGAAAAAGGAGAAACUUUGACUGUUAAGGAAGAUCAAGUCUUCUCCAUGAACCCUCCCAAAUAUGAUAAAAUAGAGGACAUGGCGAUGAUGACCCAUCUCCAUGAACCUGGUGUCCUGUAUAACCUCAAAGAGCGUUAUGCUGCCUGGAUGAUCUAUACCUACUCGGGUCUCUUCUGUGUCACUGUCAACCCCUACAAGUGGCUGCCUGUGUACAACCCAGAAGUUGUGGCUGCCUACAGGGGCAAAAAGCGUCAAGAGGCCCCUCCCCACAUCUUCUCCAUCUCUGACAAUGCCUAUCAGUUCAUGUUAACUGUGGCUGACAAAGCAGCCUACCUGAUGGGUCUGAACUCAGCUGAUCUGCUCAAAGCGCUGUGUUACCCCCGAGUCAAGGUUGGGAAUGAAUAUGUGACCAAAGGUCAAACCGUGCAGCAGGUGCACAAUUCGGUGGGUGCUCUGGCAAAGGCGGUCUUUGAGAAAAUGUUCCUGUGGAUGGUUAUUCGUAUCAACCAGCAGCUGGACACUAAGCAGCCCAGACAGUACUUCAUUGGUGUCCUGGACAUUGCUGGCUUUGAGAUCUUUGAUUUCAACAGCCUGGAGCAGCUGUGCAUCAACUUCACCAAUGAGAAACUGCAACAGUUUUUUAACCACCACAUGUUCGUGCUGGAGCAGGAGGAGUACAAGAAGGAAGGAAUCGAAUGGGAGUUCAUUGACUUUGGGAUGGACUUGGCUGCCUGCAUUGAGCUCAUUGAGAAGCCAAUGGGUAUUUUCUCCAUCCUGGAAGAGGAGUGCAUGUUCCCCAAGGCAACUGAUGUGUCUUUCAAAAAUAAACUCUAUGACCAGCAUCUUGGCAAGUCCAACAACUUCCAGAAGCCCAAGCCUGCCAAAGGAAAGGCUGAGGCCCACUUCGCCCUGGUGCACUAUGCUGGCACUGUGGACUACAACAUCACUGGCUGGCUCGAGAAGAACAAGGAUCCCCUGAAUGAAACUGUCAUUGGGCUGUACCAGAAAUCGUCACUGAAAACACUGGCUUUGCUCUUUGCUGCGUAUGGUGGAGAUGCAGAGAGUGGUGGCGGUGGCAAGAAGGGAGGCAAGAAGAAGGGUUCUUCUUUCCAGACCGUCUCUGCUCUUUUCAGGGAGAAUUUAAACAAGCUGAUGACCAAUCUGAGAAGCACUCAUCCUCACUUUGUGCGAUGCAUCAUUCCCAAUGAAACCAAGACACCCGGUGCCAUGGAACAUGAACUCGUACUACACCAGCUAAGGUGUAACGGCGUGCUGGAAGGGAUCAGAAUUUGCAGGAAAGGAUUCCCCAGCAGAAUCAUUUAUGCAGACUUUAAACAGAGAUAUAGGAUUUUAAAUGCAAGUGCUGUUCCAGAGGGACAGUUCAUGGACAGCAAGAAGGCUUCUGAGAAAUUACUUGGGUCCAUUGAUAUUGAUCAGACCCAGUAUAAAUUUGGUCACACCAAGGUGUUCUUCAAAGCAGGACUUCUGGGUCUUCUAGAGGAGAUGAGAGAUGAUAAACUGGCACAGCUUAUCACCUGCACACAAGCCAUGUGUCGUGGCUUCCUGAUGAGAGUGGAGUUCAAGAAAAUGAUGGAAAGAAGAGAGUCACUCUUUUGUAUCCAAUACAACGUUCGCUCAUUCAUGAAUGUCAAGCACUGGCCCUGGAUGAAGCUGUACUUCAAGAUCAAGCCCUUGCUGAGGAGUGCUGAAGCUGAGAAGGAGAUGGCCACCAUGAAGGAAGAGUUUGAGAAAACGAAGGAAGAGCUUGCUAAGUCUGAGGCAAAAAGGAAAGAACUGGAGGAAAAAAUGGUGACUCUGCUGCAAGAGAAAAACGACCUGCAGCUCCAAGUGCAGUCUGAAUCUGAUGGCUUGGCUGAUGCUGAGGAAAGAUGUGACCAGCUGAUCAAAACCAAAAUCCAACUUGAAGCUAAAAUUAAGGAGCUGACUGAAAGAGCAGAGGAUGAGGAGGAGAUGAAUGCUGAGCUGACAGCCAAAAAGAGGAAACUGGAGGACGAGUGUUCAGAGCUGAAGAAAGACAUUGAUGACCUUGAGUUAACACUGGCCAAGGUUGAAAAGGAAAAACAUGCCACAGAAAACAAGGUGAAAAACCUCACGGAGGAGAUGGCAGUCCUGGAUGAGACCAUUGCUAAACUGACAAAGGAAAAGAAAGCCCUCCAGGAGGCCCAUCAGCAGACCCUGGAUGACCUGCAGGCAGAAGAGGACAAAGUGAACACACUGAGCAAAGCUAAAACCAAGCUGGAGCAGCAAGUGGAUGAUCUUGAAGGGUCACUGGAGCAAGAGAAGAAGCUUCGGAUGGACCUUGAAAGAGCUAAGAGGAAACUUGAAGGAGAUCUGAAGCUGGCCCAGGAAUCCACAAUGGAUUUAGAAAAUGAUAAGCAGCAGCUGGAGGAAAAACUGAAGAAGAAAGACUUUGAAAUCAGUCAGUUCCAAAGCAAAAUUGAGGAUGAACAAGUCCUGGGCAUCCAGCUGCAGAAGAAGAUCAAAGAGUUACAGGCUCGUAUUGAGGAACUGGAGGAGGAGAUAGAGGCUGAACGUGCCUCUCGGGCAAAAGCAGAGAAGCAGCGAGGUGAUCUCUCCAGGGAACUCGAGGAGAUCAGUGAGCGUCUGGAAGAAGCUGGUGGUGCCACAGCGGUUCAGAUUGAGAUGAACAAGAAGCGUGAGGCAGAAUUCCAGAAAAUGCGCCGAGAUCUUGAAGAGGCCACUCUGCAGCAUGAAGCCACAGCUGCCGCCCUCCGGAAGAAGCAUGCGGACAGCACAGCAGAGCUUGGGGAGCAAAUUGACAACCUGCAACGAGUCAAGCAGAAGCUGGAGAAGGAGAAGAGUGAACUGAAGAUGGAGAUUGACGACCUGGCUAGUAACAUGGAGACUGUCUCCAAAACCAAGGCAAACCUUGAGAAGAUUUGCCGCACUUUGGAAGAUCAGCUUAGUGAGAUUAAGACAAAGGAAGAGGAGCACCAGCGCCUGAUCAAUGACCUGAGCACUCAACGAGCUCGUCUACAGACAGAAGCAGGUGAAUUUUCACGCCAGGUAGAGGAAAAAGAUACAUUAGUUUCUCAGCUCUCAAGAGGCAAGCAGGCUUUUACCCAACAGAUUGAGGAACUGAAAAGUCACCUAGAGGAGGAGAUAAAGGCUAAGAACGCACUGGCCCACGCCUUGCAGUCUGCUCGCCAUGACUGCGACCUGCUCCGGGAGCAAUAUGAGGAGGAGCAGGAAGCCAAGGGUGAGCUGCAACGCACCCUGUCCAAGGCCAACACUGAAGUUGCCCAGUGGAGAACCAAAUAUGAAACAGACGCCAUUCAGCGCACAGAGGAACUGGAAGAGGCCAAGAAGAAGCUUGCCCAGCGUCUGCAGGAUGCUGAAGAACAUGUCGAAGCUGUGAAUUCCAAAUGUGCUUCUCUUGAAAAGACGAAGCAGAGGCUGCAGAAUGAAGUGGAGGACCUGAUGAUUGAUGUGGAAAGAUCUAAUGCUGCCUGCGCAGCUCUGGAUAAGAAGCAGAAGAAUUUCGAUAAGGUUCUGGCAGAAUGGAAGCAGAAAUACGAGGAAACGCAGGCUGAACUGGAAGCUUCCCAGAAGGAGUCUCGCUCUCUCAGCAUGGAGCUGUUUAAGAUGAAGAAUUCUUAUGAGGAAACCUUGGAUCAACUUGAAACUCUGAAGCGUGAGAACAAGAACUUUCAGCAGGAGAUUUCUGACCUCACUGAGCAGAUUGCAGAGGGGGGAAAGGCCAUGCAUGAGCUGGAGAAAGUGAAGAAGCAGACUGAGCAAGAGAAAUCAGAAAUCCAGUCUGCUCUGGAGGAAGCUGAGGCUUCACUAGAACAUGAAGAGGGCAAAAUCCUCCGCGUCCAACUUGAGCUGAACCAGGUAAAGUCUGAAAUUGACAGGAAGAUUGCUGAGAAAGAUGAGGAAAUUGAACAGCUGAAGAGAAACCAUAUCAGAGUUGUGGAGUCCAUGCAGAGCACCCUGGAUGCUGAAAUCAGGAGCAGAAACGAAGCCAUUAGGCUAAAGAAGAAGAUGGAAGGGGAUCUGAAUGAAAUGGAGAUCCAGCUGAGCCAUGCCAGCCGCCUGGCUGCAGAGGCACAGAAGAACCUGCGAAACACACAAGGAGUGCUCAAGGAUACCCAGAUACACUUGGAUGAUGCUCUCCGAAGCCAGGAAGACCUGAAGGAGCAGGUGGCCAUGGUUGAGCGCAGAGCUAACCUGAUGCUGGCCGAAAUUGAGGAGCUGAGGUCAGCUCUAGAACAGACAGAGAGGGCCAGGAAAGUGGCUGAACAGGAGCUUCUGGAUGCAAGUGAACGAGUGCAGCUCCUGCACACCCAGAACACCAGCCUGAUCAACACGAAGAAGAAGCUGGAAACAGACAUUUCCCAAAUCCAGAGUGAAAUGGAGGAGACAAUUCAGGAAGCACGUAAUGCAGAAGAGAAGGCCAAGAAGGCAAUCACUGAUGCGGCCAUGAUGGCGGAGGAGCUGAAGAAGGAGCAGGACACCAGCGCCCACCUGGAGAGGAUGAAGAAGAACUUGGACCAGACGGUGAAGGACCUGCAGCUCCGUCUGGAUGAGGCAGAGCAGCUGGCACUGAAGGGUGGCAAGAAGCAUAUCCAGAAACUGGAGGCCAGAGUGCAUGAGCUGGAAGGUGAGGUUGACAAUGAGCAGAAACGCAGUGCUGAUGCUAUCAAGGGUAUGCGCAAGUAUGAGAGAAAAGUAAAGGAACUGACCUAUCAGACUGAGGAAGACCGCAAGAAUGUUUUCAGGCUCCAGGAUCUGGUAGACAAACUACAACUGAAAGUGAAAGCUUACAAGAGACAAGCUGAGGAGGCUGAGGAACUAUCCAAUGUCAACCUCACCAAGUUCCGCAAGAUCCAGCAUGAGCUGGAAGAGGCUGAGGAGCGGGCUGACAUUGCAGAGUCCCAGGUCAAUAAGCUCCGGGUGAAGAGCCGCGAGGUUCACAAGAAGAUUGAAGGAGAAGAGUGAAGAUGUCUCCAUGCU